CUCUUUUCCCGGACGUGACGUAACAGUGGCCUCCUUCCGGUGUGACCUGUGAGCUGUACCUGCUGUUGCUGCCUGUCAUCACCAUCUUUCCCAGAAGAUUUCUGUGUCCACGUUUUGUUUUUUUACUUUUGUUUUUCCUGGCUUUUGCCUCUGACAGGUCGCAUAAUGUCCUCCACCAUGCCCAUGUACCAGUUAAAGCCCGUGUGCGGCGGCGACGUACAGAUCGAUCUGCCGACCUGCAUGUACAAGUUACCAAARGUCCACGCGCAGCAAGGGAGCAGCUGCAUCGCCAGCUCCUGCUCCGAGCACGCGCUUCAGAACGGUGAGYUGGACCCAGCCGUCAAGGCUCUGGAGGCUCGUCAGGAUGAGAUCUUGAGGAAGCUGUACGAGCUGAAAGCUGCUGUGGAGGGCCUCGCCAAGACCGUCACGACUCCAGACGCAGAUCUGGAUGUGACCAGUUUGUCAUCACAAAGCUCCAGCUUCACAAUGCUGAAAGGCAGCACAGACCUGGACACACUUCUGGGGAAGGAUCUUGGGGCUCUCCGUGACAUUGUCAUAAAUGCCAACCCGGCGCAGCCCCCCGUCACCCUGCUGGUUCUCCAUAGCCUGCUGUGUCAGCGCUACCAGGUGCUUUCCACUGUUCACGUCCACUCCUCAGUUAGCAGCGUGCCGCCACAGCUUCUGUCCUGCCUUGGCCCGCGCCAUCCAGACAGCUACGCCCGCCAUCUGUUCCAGCUGGGCUUCACCCUCAUAUGGAAAGACGUUCCCAAACUGGAGAUGAAAUUCAGCGUCCGCAACAUGUGUCCCAUCGAGGGUGAGGCCAACGUGGCACGUUUCCUCUACAAGCUGCUGGCUCCCUUCCCCAGUGACCCCGCUGUGGCCACACUGGUGGACAGCUGGGUGGACACGGCUUUUUUCCAGCUGGCAGAGGGCAGCACCAAGGAGCGGGCCGCCGUCCUCCGGGCCCUCAACUCUGCGCUGGGCCGCAGCCCCUGGUUGGCCGGACCAGAGUUCUCCCUGGCCGACAUCGCCUGCUACUGCUGCGUGUCGCGGAGRGGCUCGGCCCCCGCCGCUCCCGCCAAUGUCCAACGCUGGAUCAAGUCCUGCGAGAACCUGGGACACUUCAGUCCCGCCAAGCUACUUCUGCAGUGACCCGGACUGUCCUGGAACCAGAGUCAAAGGGAAUAGAGGGGCAUUAGAAUAAUAAAYUAUCUCAGCCAUGUCUUGAAUUCCUCCUGAUACUUCCCCUCCUUACUGUAGUACYUCACUGCACUAACAGACUCUCUUCAAUCAAGGUGGCUAAUGGUUAAAAUAACCUUAAAGUAGUUAGACUGCUUUAAUAAAACAGAGAGGAAGCAUGAGAGGACUAAAGACAAAAGCUUGGUGAUGGGUUAAAAUAACUGUACUGACAGCAGCAUUGUUAACAAACACACACACAGACACACACCAAACCCUCCACCCUCUCUGUGCCUAACCUGAUCCUGUUCUAAACGUGUGUUAACGUGUGGUGAGAGGUGUUGCUAAGUGUUUUCACAGGUAAUACUUUAUACCAUUUACUUUUAUUAAAACAAAACUUCUAAUUUGGA